AUGCAGAGACAUCUGCCUGCUCUCAACAGAGUCCCCAAGGAGACAGAGAGCCUGUGCAGCUGCGGAGGAGCCUCACAAGCGCAGCAGCAGCAGCAGCUGCUGCAGCAGCAGCAGCAACUGCAGCAGCAGUGCAGACGCCUCGGGGCCGACAGGUUUAGUGAAGCUGCAAUCGAGGCAGCAACAGACUACGUAACCAGGCGGCUGCUACAGCAGCAGCAGCAGCAGCAACAGCAGCAGGUGCUGCAGCAGCAGCAAGAGCAAGAGCCGCAGCAGCAGCAGCAGGAUGUGCUGCUGCUGCUGUUCUUGUUGGGAGACACACGAAGAGACGCACGAGCUGCUGCUGAGGCUUCUCUCCCCUCUCUCUUAACUGCAGCAAACGGGGGUAGAGCUGGAGACUUCUCGCUGCGGCUGUCUGCGCUGUGGCUGCGGGGGCCGCAUGCAGCCCUUCAGCUGCAGGGACGGCUGCCGUGGCAGCAGCAGCAGCAGCAGCAGCAGCGGCAGCAGCAGCAGCAGCAGCAGCAGCAAGGGGUAGCGCAGGAGGAAGAGUUCGUUGCAGCAGAUGCCGUCUCUACAGCUAAGGACUACAACAGCAGCAGUAGCAGCAGCAGCAGCAGCAGCAGCAGCAGCAGCGACGUGUGCUGCUGCUGCUGCAAGUGGUUCUGGUUUGCUGUUGCUGCUGCUGCUGGCCUCAGCUACUCCGAUAGAGUGGCUCUUGUCGGCAGCUUCCUUGCUGCUGAGAGGGUUUGUGUCUCUGUGCAUAUGCGGGUGGCUUUGCUGCUGAGCUGCGGGCUUGCUGCUGAGGCUGUUGAGGUGUACAUACACUCCAGCUUGCCCGGCUUCGCGCUGCUGCUGUCGCGGCUGCAGCUGCCGCCGCAGCACCCGCUGCAGCACGAAGCCCUAGACGCAUGGCUAGCAGAAACUGAUCAGCAGCUGCAGCAGCAGCAGCAACAGCAACAGCAGCAGCAGCAAGGCUGGCGCAUAGGGCGUUUGCUGCGGCUGGCGCUGCAGCUGGAGGAGUUGAGCGAAGCCACUUAG